CCAAUACACAUGAGAGACAUUACUUUGUUUUUCAUUUUUUCGGACAAUAAUCACACGCCCCUCCGACACCUCCGCUAAAAACAGCUACUUCUCACCAGAUCUCUUACAUCCAACGGCCUUGAUAUCUCCACGUCUCCGUACCCCAAUCCAUUAUUUGAAUCUGGCUCUUUAUUUCUCCUCCACAUCCUCCGUCCUUUCCUCCACUCUUUUUCUUACACGAAGAGAAAGAAUCAACCGGCGCCGCUGCGAUUGAUCGCCUCUUUCGCCGCCGCCGUACGCCGUUAAUCUAGAAGAUUUCUACUUUGGAGUUGGAACAUUUAAAUUUUAAAGUGAAAUUACCGUUAACAUAAUUUCCAAACAAAAACAAAAGGAGGAGAUUUUGGUUUAAAAUCAGACGGUCGAGAUGCCGAGCACGAUUCAAAAAGCGAUCGGGGCCGUUAAGGACCAAACCAGCAUAGGACUAGCGAAGGUGGCUAGCAACAUGGCGCCGGACCUCGAGGUGGCGAUUGUGAAAGCGACGAGCCACGACGACGACCCUGCCGACGAGAAGUACAUACGGGAGAUCCUAAAUUUGACCUCGUACUCGCGCGGGUACGUUCACGCGUGCGUGUCGGCGGUGUCCAAACGGCUCGGGAAGACUCGUAACUGGACCGUGGCGCUCAAAGCACUGGUGCUUGUUCAUAGGCUGUUGAAUGAGGGAGAUCCGGUGUUUCAAGAAGAGAUCUUGUAUGCUACGAGGAGAGGUACGAGGUUGUUGAAUAUGUCGGAUUUUAGAGAUGAGGCUCACUCAAGUUCAUGGGAUCACUCCGCCUUUAUAAGAACCUAUGCUAUGUAUUUGGAUCAAAGACUUGAAUUGAUGCUUUUCGACAGGAAAAGCAGUGGAGGCAGUGGCGCUGGGGGAAGUAGUCAUGGAAGUGCUGAUGAUAGAUAUGGUGGGCGAGAUAAUUUCCGAUCACCACCACCGAGGCCGUACGAAUAUGAUUAUGGGGAUAUCAGAGGUGAUAAUGGAUAUGGAAAUUAUGGGAUGACAAGGAGAACGAGGUCUUAUGGUGAUAUGAGUGAGGCAGCGGGGAGAGAUGGGAGAGAGGAGAAGAAAGCAGUGACGCCAUUGAGGGAAAUGACACCAGAGAGGAUUUUUGGGAAGAUGGGUCACUUGCAGAGGUUGUUAGAUCGGUUCUUGUCAUGUCGGCCUACAGGAUUGGCAAAGAAUUGUAGGAUGAUCUUGAUUGCUUUAUAUCCUGUUGUGAAAGAGAGUUUUCAAUUAUAUGCAGAUAUUUGCGAGGUUUUGGCUGUGCUGCUUGAUAAGUUUUUCGAUAUGGAGUACCCAGAUUGUGUCAAGGCAUUUGAUGCAUAUGCAAGUGCAGCGAAGCAGAUAGAUGAGUUGAUUGCAUUUUAUAAUUGGUGUAAGGAUACGGGUGUGGCUAGAUCGUCGGAGUAUCCCGAGGUGCAAAGGAUCACUAGUAAGUUGUUGGAGACAUUGGAGGAGUUUGUGAGGGAUAGAGCUAAGAGGCCAAAGAGUCCAGAGAGGAAAGAGCUCCCUCCUCCACCUAAAGAGGAAGAACCUGCACCAGAUAUGAAUGAAAUAAAGGCACUACCUGCUCCGGAAAAUUAUACUCCACCGCCACCACCAGAGCCUGAGCCUGUUAAACCCCCAGAGCCACAAGAGGAUUUAGUGAAUUUGAGGGAUGAUACUGUCUCAGCUGAUGAUCAGGGGAACAAAUUGGCUUUGGCUUUAUUUAAUGGUCCUCCGGCUAAUAAUGGUAAUGGAUCAUGGGAAGCUUUCUCAUCAAAUGGACCUGAAGUGACAUCUGCUUGGCAAACCCCAGCUGCUGAGCCAGGGAAGGAAGACUGGGAGUUGGCUUUGGUUGAGACCGCUAGUAACUUGUCAAGGCAAAAGGCAGCUUUGGGGGGUGGUCUAGAUCCAUUGCUGUUGAAUGGCAUGUAUGAUCAAGGAACGGUAAGGCAGCAUGUUAGCACUGCACAGUUAAGUGGGGGGAGUGCGAGUAGCGUGGCAUUGCCAGGCCCAGGGAAGACCACAACACAAGUUUUAGCUCUUCCAGCACCAGAUGGAACAGUUCAGAAUGUCAAUCAGGACCCGUUUGCCGCAUCUUUGAGCAUUCCUCCUCCUUCCUAUGUACAAAUGGCUGACAUGGAGAAGAAACAAACUCUGCUUGUCCAGGAGCAGCAGGUAUGGCAGCAAUAUGCAAGGGAUGGAAUGCAAGGUCAAGCUAGUUUGGCCAAAAUUAAUAACCCUGGAUACUAUGGACCUGGACCUAUGCCAGUGAUGCCUUACGGAAUGCCCCCAGUGAAUGGGAUGGGGCCACCAGCCGGGUAUUAUUAUACUCCAUAUUGAUUUUUCCACAUAUAAAAUAGAUAACUUUUCUUUGCUUACCUUCUGUAUUAUCUUUUUCUAGUUUUCUUUCCCUUUUUAUCGUUUCCUUUGAGAUGAUAUGAUGUUCUGAAAUAUGUUCACGAAAGACUUGCUCGUUCUGUGGA